CCUGGCAAAAACCACAAUGCUUGGUGGGAUCUCCCUCAGCUUAUGAAUCAAGUGGUCGAUGCUGUGGAUAUCUUUGAGUAUACUCAUCUCACAAAGGUGGCCAUUUUCAUCUUCAACUGCUCAUUAGCUCAUAAAGGUCUGGCCCCUGAUGCACUCAACAUUAACAACAUGAAUAUUGGACCAGGUGGCAAGCAAAAGCACUUGCAAGACACAGUUAUUCCCCUUUCAAACCCCCCUCCUAAACCAGGACACUCCAAUACUUGGGGAAUGAAGCAAACUUUGGUCUAUCCAGACAACCACUCCAACAAGACUUUAGCUGGGCAUCCAAGAAGGAUUAAAAUGGUCCUUGAAGAAUAUGGUCAUCUAACAGAGGAAGAUGUUACCCAAGCCUCUGUGGUGGAGAAAACAGCUGCAGAUACCAACAACUGGUGUUGCAUGAUACAAGUGCUUUUACUCCAGGAGGACUUCUGCAAUGAAAAACCAAUGCCGCAGACUUAUAUCAAGAAACAAGGGCAUGUAUGCCUCUUCCUGCCAAAGUUCCACUGUGAACUAAACCCGAAGGAGAUGGUUUGGACUUAUGCAAAACUCUGUGACACUCUAACGAUUCAGUGCUUUUUCCAUAAAUGCUGGUGCUACAUGGAUGCUUAUAGGCAAGAUUUGUAUGCAUCAAUUUGUUUAACCUGUUCUCACUUUGUUUCAGACAGGGUCUCAACUUGA